UGAUAAAGAAGUUUUCUGCUAUUAUUUUUGCAACAAUUUAAUAAAAUUUUGAAUUUACUUUUUCUCGUUGUUAUACUCCAUUUAAUCCAAAAUUUAAAAAACACCACACGGAUUCACAAUGUCAAAGAAAGGCGGUGGCGCAGCCAGCAUUCUCAAGCUCAUAGUUCCUGCGGGUAAGGCAAUGCCGUCUCCCCCGGUCGGACCUGCGCUGGGUCAGCGAGGAGUAAAGUCGAUGGAUUUUUGCAAGCAAUUCAACGAUCGCACCAAGGACCUGAUCCUCGAGACGCCCACACCAGUGGCCAUUUACAUCAAACCCGACCGCACAUUCACGUUUGCAGUCAAGUCCCCGCCGACGUCGUGGCUGCUGAAGCGGGCAGCCGGUGUGACCAAGGGCGCGGCGCAGCCAGGAAAGGAGACCGUCGGCACAGUGUCACUGAAGCAUAUCUUUGCGAUCGGACAGAUCAAGUCCAAGGACCCAGCGAUGUCCCACAUUGAUCUGCAGAAUAUCUGCAAAAGUGUCAUUGCGACAGCAAAGUCGGUCGGUAUUAAAGUUGUGCACUAACUAGUAUAAAUGGAUUUUUAGAAUUUCCAGACAUUUAUAGUGAAAGUCCAGAUUUUUAAGCGGGGGAUUUUCAAAACCAUUUUUUCCAGUUUUUUAGCCUAAAAUAUUAGAAAGUCCAGAUUUUU